AUGCCGGUCAGGUUUAGGCUUCCCAUUAGGUCCUACAGCGAGAAUGAUGCCGUUCGUGCAAACUCGCUAGCUCCUCCGAGAUCUAAUGUAACAAACUUUUCCCCUCUUCCUCAUUUUCAUUGUGGUCCUCCUACGAUCCCUUCGGCGACCAUCAUCUCGGAGAAGACAACCGCCGCCCGUCCUAUACUCCGGCGUGGCGCUGUCAGCUCCUCAUAUUUAUUGCGAGACGCAAUGAUCGCUGCCUCAGCCAUUGACUCGUACGAGUUCACUAGGCAGGAAACGUAUUCUUGUGACUAUCUUUACUCUGCCGCCUGUCUUGACCAGAAAGGCGACGCUACUCUAUCUCCGGGUAAACGAAAUUUUGCAGAACAAGAGGAGGACGACAUGACGGAUGUCUCUACUUGUUAUAGGAGCACUUGUUCUACUUCAUCACAACGUCGAAGAACUGAUUCUGGUAUGUGGAGUGACUGUGACUCCUCCGUUUCCUCGAUGAAUACGUCGACUGCGCAUACCGAAAGUGAAAGCACACGGAUCGUUAAAGAUCUGAUGGAAAUAGAGGACCGGUAG